CAUCCGGUUGCUGAUUUUCAUAUAAAAAUUUGUGAGAAAAUACAUUAAAAUUUACCACGAUUCGGUAUUUUGUUUCAAGAUAUAUAGGCCUAUCUAACAAAUGCACAACAAUUAAUUCAUAAUUUAUAAGACUAUUCUUUGACGUUAUUAUAUUAAAAUGACGGAUACUCUAAAAGGAAUGAAGGAACGCUCCAAAAAGCGUAAACAGCUCCUUGCCCAAGUUGUAAGUUUUCAUUUAUAAUUAUUAAUUAAAGUAACUAGAAGAACUUUAGGCAGAUCUAAAUACUAACACUAGUAUUAGGCUGUUUUUUUAUUUUAAAUUGUUAUUUUUAUCUGAGACAAGUGUGUAAUCCUCUGAAUUCUGGAGGUGACUGGUGAGCCUAUGAAGUCAGUGAAGUGUGGGCCUGGGAAAUGUGUUCCUAUUCCUUGUCAGUGUCAGCACUUAUCGCCUAUCGGGGAUUUACUGUUUCCCAGUGUCAGUCAGUCAGUAGAUACUCAUUCUCGGUGCAGCUAGUGAACUCAAAGAAACAUCAGAUGUUUAAUACAGCUUGGCAUUAGCCUGAGGAGCCGAUUGCCAGAAUUUUCAUUGAGUACAAUGUCAUGGGCUAAUCCUAGUUACGAUUGCCACGACUUAUUUUCCAUGUUUACGUGUGGGAGUUACUUCCCUUUGUUUAUUUUUAGACAAUUUAUAUUUUUAUGAGUUAGUAUUAAUGCGCCCUAGGUAUAUUAAAUAUUAUAUUGAUUAUGUUCGUUUAGUGUGUUUAUUUUCAUAUAAAUGACAAAAAUAAAUGUAAUUUUAAAAUACAAACAUAAAAUUUUAUGUUCUUUGUUGAAAAAAUGAUGAGAAAUUGUUAUUUUUUUAUCGGGUAAUUUAUAAUGAGAGAAAUUUUUAUUUUUUUAUCGGGUAAUUUAUAAUGAUGCGUAAAGAGAAAAGAGUGCUUAAUUGUUAAUUCUGUUGCUAUUAUUGAUUGCUUGACCAGGUGCCCGGUAAGUUCAAUUUGUUAAAUCUUGGAUCGAUUUAGGGUUCGGGUUAGGCAUAGGGAUCAAUUUAGGGUUCGGGUUAGGCAUAGGGCUAGGAUUAGGGUUCGGGUUAGGCAAAGGGAUAGAUUUAGGGUUCGGUUUAGGCAUAGGGAUCAAUUUAGGGUUCUGGUUAGGCAUAGGGAUCAAUUUAGGGUUCAGGUUAGGCAUAGGGAUCGAUUUAGGGUUCAGGCUGGGCAUAGGGAUCGAUUUGCAGGUGUUUAUUUCAUUUAAUUUGUAUAGUUUUUUAUUUUGGGAGUGGGGCUGAUUUCAAGGUUUUUAUUUAUUUUUCUUAAAUAUUUUUUUUUUUUUUUUUAAUUUACCCCUUUUUUCCAUUUUUUUUCCUUUUUUAAAAAAAUAAAAUUUUAUUUAAAUGCUUUUAAAUUUAAUUUUUUUAUUUUUUUUUUUAUUUUUUUUUUUAAAUUUAAUUUUUUUUUUUUUUUUUAUUUUUUAUUUUGGGUGUGGGGUUGAUUUCUAGGUUUUUUUUUAUUUUUCUUAAAUAUUUUUUUUUUUUUUUUUUAAUUUACCCCUUUUUUCCAAUUUUUUCCCAUUUUUAAAAAAAUAAAAUUUCAGUUAAAUGCUGUUAAAUCUAAUUUUUUUAAUUUUAAUUUUAGUUAUUUCUUUAAAAUUCAAUUUUUUUCGCUAUUUUCAUAUCUUUCGGUAUUUAGUUGAAUUAACACAUUUUUCUCCCUGCCCUUCCUUUUUAAUCUCAUGUGUUUUGCACUACUUUUUUUGGCCGUCAUCUUGGUUGACACGUCACGUGACUUCAUGUGACGUGUCAACCAAGAUGGCGGCCAUUGAGGAAAUAGUGACAAUCGUUAUCAAAAUUUACCAUGUCAUGUAAUGUUAUGUUUUUUUGUUAGUUGUUUGUCCUUCACAUGCGAAGAUAACCAACCGAAGGCUAUAAUCAAAGUUGAGUACGCAGGUGACCUGCCAGUCCCAUUUGUGCUUGGGAAGCUUUUUUCUCAUGCGAGACACACAUUGUUUUGAGUCCUAGUUGGGUUUGAGUCGAUUCUGCUUUUCCCUGCUGAAUGCUUGAUGGUGUGUGAGUGGUUUGCUUAUUUUCUGAGGAUUGUGCUCCAAACAUGAGUCUGCCGUGCUAGCUUUUACGAUCCAUAUAAAGUGUUUUCCUCAAAUCAAGGUCAAUAUCCUUGGAUUUGACUGAAGCUUUUAGACAGUCCUUGAUGCAUUUUUUUCUGCCCACCAGCUGAAAUUUCCCUCUGGAAAGUUCACCGAACGUUAGUUGUUUUGCAAGUCUUCUGUUUGGCAUUCUUACAACAUGCCCUGCCCAUUUGGCUUGUCCUUUUUGAAGGAUCAUGUGGAUGCUGAUAAAGUCAGCCCGUUUUAGGAUAUCUGUAUCAGGGACUUUGUUCUGUCACCUUAUGCCAAUAAGUUUAUGUAUACAGCAUAGGUGGAGAUGAUUUAGCUGUCAUCUAUGUCUGCUUUACACUGUCCAUAUCUUGCUAGCAUAUAGGAGAGAUAUUGUUUCGACUGCCCUAUAUACUUUCAGCUUAGUGACAAGACUGAGACCCCUUUGCUCCCAAACACUCUAGCAGAGCCUUCCAAAUGCAACAUUUGCUUUGGAAGUUGGGUGUUGAUCUCAUCAUCUACUGUUACUGACCUGGAGAGGGUGCUGCCCAAAUAUGUGAAUUUCUCCACUCUUGGAGAUUCUGUCAUACUAUCUUGGGCUCUCUAUCUCCUGAUUUUUAUACCGUUUACUACUGUAGUCUUUAACUAAAGUGUUUGUAACCAGAAGACAGUAGAGGUUUGUAGAUGGAGUUUUCCUUCUCUUAGAUUUGCCACCAUUUGAUGUUGACAGGUUCCAUCUGUUGUCAUCGGUGUAACAGUAUUUACUUGGUCAAUAUGGUGUUUCUGUUGACCAUUAACUCUUCAAAAUAUUCAGAAAUUCAUACUCUUCCACCAUCUAUCUCUUCGAUAAACUGUUCUCACAUCUUUUGGUUUCAGUAUCCAAGCUUUUCCUUAUAGAUAAAUAUAUUUAUACUAAAACUUAUUAAAUUGACUACAUUAUUUGAAUAAUUUUAACAGUAUGGAACUACAAAUCUUAAAACUGCAUUGAAAACUCAUGAUGAAGUAAAGCCUGCUGCAAAGAAGGAAAAGUCAAGGUAAACCAAGGAAUUUCUAUACAGAUCAUAUGCUUGCAUGUUAUUGUUAUUCUUAUAGCGGGUAAAUGAUAAUUUCCUACCCGUUCACCACCAUAGUUAUUUUUAAUAAAUAAAAUAAUUACUCUAAAAGCCGUUAAAGUAUUAUUAUUAUUAUAAGUGGUUUUAUAUAGCGUGGUACUCCAGCCUAAGGCUGGGGUCUCCAUGCUGUACAUACAAUUUAACAAACAAAAUCAAAAACUUUAAAAAUUAAUUAACAUACAUUAAUUAAAUAAAACAAAACAAAUGUAUAUUUAAAAAUUUAAACAAAAUUUAGAGUGCCUUCAAAUUAGCCUAACAUGUUUUUUUACUCUGCUCAGUUCCAGUGAAGGGCUGUUUGUCUCAUCGUCGUCAUCAGCACCAUCUGUUUCAUUUGAGCUCAACAAACAAGUACAGAGAUCACGUGAAAUGGGUCAAUCUGCCGUGAGUAAAUUUUUUUUCUAUUCAAAUUAUAGUAACUGAGGCUUGAGAGCAAUUUGGAUUAAGCCAUCUGCAUUGUCACAUUUGAGUUUGGAACCCUUUUACGGAGCAAAAUGUAUUGAAAAUUUAUAUUUCUGAUUAUAUUCUUUGAUUAACUAAUUAUAAGAAUGUUGGAUUGCGAUAAAGCUUUAAAGUAGAUUAAUUAGACACAAACAGUUUGUGUAAAUAAAACAAUAUAUGUUCAGCUUUAAUGAUGAUUUUACAAAAUACAAAUGUAAACGUUCAUCAAUACAAAAAAAGAAAAUUGAAGUAAGUAGAAAUUACGACUCACUUCCUUUCCAUUCUGCUAAAUUCUGUUUUUGUCUGGGUUUGCGCCCACUCUAAUUUUUUCUAUUUUUUAGGUAGGAUACAUGUAAUUAUAUAUUACGUAAACUUAAUUUAUACUUACUUAAAUCAGAUGAGAUUGAGUUCAUGACUUUUUAUUACAGGAAGGGUUUAAAGAUGAUUUUGAAGCAGAUGAGGUGUAUACAGAUUCAAGUGCUUUUCUCAAGGUAAGUGACAGUUCAGAAAAUAUUCCACAACUAGAAAUAAAGGAAUAGUCUAUCCAGCCUUCUCUAUUUUUUAAUUUGUUUAUUAAAUGCGAUAAAACGAGCAUUAACAGUUGGAUGCAGUAAUCUCAUUUUUUUUUAAAAUUAUAAUAACCAUUUUAAUUAUCUUUUUUUUCUUUUUAACAUUAACAGGGAACACAAAGUGCUAACCCACACAAUGAUUAUUGCCAACAUUUUGUUGACACAGGAGAAAGACCUCAAAAUUUUAUCAGAGACGUCGGUAAGUUCAGGAUACAAGUUGUAGAUAGACAAUCUUAGUGUGUGGCUAACUCCAUUGAAAUUCCAAUUUUAUUGUUAGGGCUCACUGAAAUGUAAUGAGAACUUUAGCUGUCUCUUGUUUUAGGACUUGCCAAUAGAUUUGAGGAGUAUCCAAAACUUCGAGAACUCAUUCGCCUUAAAGAUGAGCUUAUUGUGAAAACAAAUGGGCCACCUAUGUAAGUAUGGAGUUGCCAAUAAAAUCUCAAUUUUGUUUUUAGUGUUGCGUAAUGUUUCAUUGAAAUCAAUGGACUGGGGCCAUUCAUAAAGGGUGGGGGUGUUUUGUUUGUCAAAAUAAGGUGACAUUGAAUCUAUUAAAUAAAAGUACAAAUAAUUAGGCUCAAACAUAGACUUGUCAGAAUGGCAAGGACCCUUAAAUGCCACUGUUACCGUAUCCAGAAAUUUGAUUGAAAGAAAUUUCGACGGAAAAUUGAUCGAACGGAAAUUUUGUCAAAUAUUUUUUCCAGUUCACACAUUAAAAUUUUGCUUCAAAUUUCUUUUUGAACGCAUAAGUUUGUUUUACUGUAUAGUAAAGUGCAUUAAAAAAUAAAUCACUUAUAUCACUUUUCAUUUUCAUAUAUUAAUAAUUUUACCUCAUCCAUUUGCCAGGCUCUUACAUCAGAUAUUGUUCAAUUGUUUUUUUUUUGUUAUUUUUAUUUUGUUUGGUUUUCUCAUGUGUUAUGUUUUAAAUGAUGUCAUUAGGUAUCUACAAACUGAUUUAGAGUUCUUUGAUCUGAGGAACCUGAAAUGUAAAUUUGAUGUGAUUCUGCUAGAGCCCCCAUUGGAAGAAUACCAGAGAACACAAGGUGCUGUGUUUGACAAGUAUUGGGACUGGAAUGAGGUCGGUUUACUUUUUUUUAUCAUAUAUGAGCAUUGUCUCCGCUGGAGCCAGCAAUAACUUGUCUAGACUCGAGUCAGCAGCAAUAACUUGUCUAGACUCGAGUGAGCAGCAAUAACUUGUCUAGACUCGAGUCAGCAGCAAUAAUUUGCUUCUGCUGGAGCCAGAAAUACUUCGUCUAGACUAGAGCCAGCAAUAACUUGUUUCUGCUGCAGCCAGGAAUAACUUGUCUUUGCUAGAGCCAGCAAUACUUUGUCUUGACUGGAGCCAGUGACUAAAAUAUGACUAUGCCCAUCAAUUAAUUGUCUGGACUAGAUCCAUCAAUAAAUUGUCUAGGCUAGGCCCAUCAAUCGUCUAGACUAAAGCUAUCAAUUAAUUGUCAAGAUUAGAUCCAUAAAUGGUUUGUCUAGACUAGAGUCAUUAAUAACUUGUCAAUGGUUUGAUAUGUGAUUUUGUUUUUGGGGGACUGGGAUUAUUUUUUCAAGUUUGCAGCAUAUUACAGUUUGGAUAAUAUAAUAUGACAGUUUGAUUGUACCUCCUUCACUGCUGAGUGCUUUGGCCCAUGUAUGUUUUUUACUCUAAUUUAAUAUGCUGGCAACUUCACACUGUAGUCUAAAAUUAUGUUAAAUUUAAUAAUAAUUCAGAGGCUUUUAAACUUUGGUAACUUUUAAAGUUUUGUAGUGCAUUUAAUGUUGUACCCUUGCUGAAUUAUACAAUUUAAUUGAAUGUGUGCACUCAGAAAACUCAUUAUACCAAAAUAAGGAUUGAUUAAAUUAUUAGUUAAUUGUGUUUAUAGUCAAAUAAUAAACUUUUCUGGUAUUGUUCUGCUGGAACUUGUGAAAAUACCUAAUAUUCAUUUCAUCUUCACUAUCACUAUCAUCAUCUGCUUCAUAUUCUACUAUUUCAGAUAGAGGCUUUGGAUAUUCCCUCUGUGGCUGCACAACGAUCCUUCUUGUGGAUUUGGUGUGGCAACGCUGAGGGAUUGGAGCGAGGCAGAUUGGUAAAACAUUAUGCAUCAGAGUUUGAGACCAGCACCCUGAAAUGUUCCCUAAAAAUAUAACGUUUUUCAUCAUGGAAUGGUUUCAACUAGGGUUUCUGGAAUAUAUCAAUGAGAGUUCUGCCAAAGAUUGCAUGAUUACACAAGAGAAAGAAUUAUAUCCUUUAGGAUCUAUCCACAAUCCUAAUUUUAGAAAAUAUUUUUUUUUAAAAUUGCAGUAUUGUCAUCAAAAUUAAUUUUUUUAAUUUGUACUUUUAAAAGAAUGUGUGUAUUGUUUUUUUGUAUGUGUUGCUUCUAAAGUUCAAGUGGCGUGCUACCUCUGUUUUUAAAUUUUAACUUGCUACUGCAAGGAUCGUGAUAAAAUAGUUUGUCCAUGCAAUUAUAGUUUUUAUUUUCACCUUUAUAUAAGUGUUUAUUUAUCAAUUUUAAAAAUAAUAAAUUCCAUAAAGAUACCCUUUAGCACUUCAUAUCUUUAAUCGUGACAGAACUAAAACAGAAACGAUUAUAGCCUAUUAUUUUGUCUUAAAGAAAAUAUUUUCAUUCUUUUCAGUGUUUGAAACGAUGGGGUUUUAGGAGGUGCGAAGAUAUCUGCUGGAUAAAAACCAAUAUUAAGAAUCCUGGGCACAACAAAAACUUGGAACCUAAUGCAAUCUUCCAAAGGACAAAGGUCAAUAUCUACUCAUCUACUUGUGCUCUGCUUAUCAUUUCAUGCAUAGAUUCUAUACUAGAAACUGUACUGACAGGAUAGUUGUGUGAAUAAAUCAUUACUAAUUUUAGGAACACUGCCUUAUGGGAAUCAAGGGAACAGUAAAACGAAGCACAGAUGGUGAUUUUAUUCAUGCUAAUGUGGACAUUGAUCUCAUUAUAGAAGAGGAACCAGAAUAUGGAACAAAGGAUAAACCAGUAAGUCAUUGUUUUUUAAAACUAUUUGUUUAGAUUAUAAAAAUAUUCAAUCAUAAUAAUUAUUUUUGGUUCAACCCGUUUGCUUAAAACACAUUACCCAAAGUGCACCAUUUUCAUAUAUUUCAAUAAGUGGAUAAGCUUCACAUUUAUUCAUAAAUUUUUGUGCAAAACUUAAGCUGCAAAGGGGAUAGAUUGAGCUGACCGUAAUUUUCCAAGAUUUGAAAUGCACCUUGCACUUAUUAACUUUGCAAGCAUUUUUUUUUGUCUGAUCCAUAUUAUUCCGCAACUUUAUCAAUAAUAUUUUAAAUUUAAUAAAAAUAAUCAUUUCAUUCCUUUAACAAGCAAUAGUUAUGAAUGCCCAUGGAAAAUCAUAUUUCACGAGACACCUUUACAUUUUAUAAUAUUGUUAAUUAGUAAAUAAAUAUAUAUAAAUGUUAUAAAAAGGAUGGAAAGGUUAUAUAUAUCCUUUUUUUUUUUUCUUUUACAGGUGGAAAUUUUUCACAUUAUUGAACAUUUCUGUCUUGGGAAAAGAAGACUUCAUUUAUUUGGUCGAAACAUUCGAGCAGGCUGGUUAACUGUUGGACCAGAGCUGCCCAGUUCCAACUUUGAUGCAGAACUCUACAGAAGUUACUAUGAGAGUCAGCCUGACGCUCACCUUACAGGUUGCUCUGAGGAAAUUGAAAGACUUCGGCCCAAGUCUCCCACACCAAAAAAUAAACAGGCCCCACAACAAGGUGGGGAGAGGGGUGGAAGAGGUGGUCGGGGCAGAGGAGGCCAAGGCAGGGGGCCCCCUGGUGCAGGAGGACAAGGUGCUGCUCAAGGAAGAGGUGCUUCAGGUGGGCGCUUUAGGGGAUCUGGGAGGGGUGGGGGAUUCAAAAUGAGAGGAAUGAGAGAUGACAUGAGGUGAAGAACAAAACUGAACUCUUUUUGGGGCAUGCAUUGUGCAGUCUUCAUGGAUAGGAAUGUUGGUCAAAUUAAGAGAUUUUGUGAAUGAGAACGGGUCUUGACUAAUGUACACGGAUCGUAUCAUAUUGCUGAUAUAAAUGAACAAAAAACAAAUGCUGUUGACAGAAAAAACUUAAUGGUGCUGACCGAUCCACCAGACGAAAUCUUGAUUACUUGAUCUUGAUUUUACUAUUGGAAGUCUCAUAUUAAUGUAAAAUUUUAUGUUCAUGUUUUUUAAAUUCAUGGAUUGAUUAUAUCUGUUUUCUAUGAGUAUUAAAAUAAGUCAACAGUUUUUACUUUUUUAAACAAAAAUUAUCUUUUAACAUGCCUAAGAGCUGGCCUGCACAACUCAAAAUGUAAGGCGGGCCGUAAUACUUUAUGAAAAACUUGUGGGGACUGAAAGAUAGUAGGACAGGGGCAAAGCUAUUAAGAAUAUUAAUAAUAAUAAAGAAUAUUUCAUUACUUUGUGGGCCGCCAAGUGGGUGCUGGCAGGCCACAUGUGGCCCACGGGCCAUAUGUUGUGCAGGCCUGCUAAAGAGCCAUAAAUAGUUUGUUUUUUUUUCUUUUUGUACAUAUUCAUAGGUUCCUAAUAAUUUUGGGAAGUAAUGGAUGUGUGGAUAUAAAUAUGAUUUUACUUUGAGUGUAAAUCGGUUACUUCACAUGUUUUAGC